AUGCAGCUCUGGCAAAACAUGAGCAAAGAGAGUCUGGACACCGUUGGAAGGUUGGAUGAACUGCUGAGACAGUUGUCCAAUCCCGAAAGCGAGCGCGAGCAAAGCCUGGCAGAAUCCCGCGAGCUCUUGAGACAUGGCAUCGCUUUGGGUUUGAUGAUGGCUUUGAUG